AUGAAGAUGCAGCAGGAGGAGGCGAAGCAAAGGCGAGCACAGUCGAACAGAGAGUCUGCUCGACGAUCAAGGCUAAGGAAACAGCAGUACAUUGCUCAACUUGAGAGCAAACUGAAUGCUCAAAGUGUCCGGAUGACAAGGUUGAGUGAUGAGAUUGGGUCUAAGGAUGCCAUCAUUCAGACUAUGAAGGAAGCUACUGGGAUUUACGUCGAUGAUAGAUGUACGGAUCAUAAUCUACUGCGCAAUCAGUUUCUUAGCGAUGUCUGUGAGUAUGCCAAGGGGUUUACUGAUGUCCCGCAGACUCUGAUUGCUGAGCUUGUGAAUGCGCGAGGUUACUGA